AUCUGACGUUCGAGUGCCUCGCAAUUCCACUAUGUUUGAACAUUCGUACGAGUGCUCAAAAUGCAGGCGGAUGCUCAGCAAAGAGAGCAUCAAGAUGUGCUCUGGGUGCAAGACGAUGGGGUACUGCUCGAAAGAGUGUCAGAGGGCGGACUGGAAAGAUCAUAAGCCCAACUGUCGGGGUGCACAGACUGGCGUCCCUGCGCCCUCCCGGAACCCUGUCAUCAAAGUCGGUGAACGUAUGGCCCAAGACCCAGAUAUCAUGUGUCUCAUCGACGGCAUCCUCAUCUACACGCUCGACCUGAUCAACCAUCCCGAGAACGCAGCGGAGUACGCCGUUGCGAUUGCCGCACACAUCGAGUACACGGACGUGUUCGCUGCCCGACAACGCGUGAUGGCGCUGAUUGCAGGACGGGAGCCCCCACCGUUGCCUAAGAAGCUUCCGAAGUUGUUCCAGAUCAGCAAGACGGCACCGAUUGAAAACAAGUCUGUCCCGGAAGGUUUGAACAAGAACAGGGAGGAGCAGAAGAGGCUGUUGCAGGAGAAGGGCUACAUGACGGGUACCUCGGAGAAGCCUGGGUACCUCGUCCGCGCGUUCUUGGUUCCCGAAAACAAUAGCGUGUCUACGUUCUACUUCACGCGGUAUAUCAAUCAGGAAAUGCUGGAUGAGGCGGCGACCUGGAAGAAGUACACGGACAACGGCAUGACGGAGACUGACGAGCCCGCAGACACCGAAUAUCUCAUCAAAAUGUUCGACCUGAGAGCCCUUGAAGACCCUGAGAUGAACAAGAAGUUGACCAUCCUGGUGGCACCUGAAGAGAGGUAGAACAGAUAUUUGCACAACUUCGCACUUGGAGUCGGGACGUCAGUGGACACUACAUAUUGCUAUGUAUGAUGCCCCAGUAAGUAGGUGCGAAUCGAAGCUAGAGUGUACCUUCUUCCCAGGGGCACUAAGCCCGUUACCCGUACCGUCACUCAACUCCCAGGAUCAAUCUCCACGCUUUCGCACAGGCAUCCACUCACACGCAGAUACCACAGAAAAGAUAUUGUAUAGUAUUAGGAAAGAUCGUAAAGGUCAUGAUAUGCUC